UAGUUUCUUAUCAGCUGCCAUCCUCAGUCGAUUUGACGUCACCAUUGCUAGCCGUGCAGCCAAGAAGCUUUAAAGAUCGGUAUUACUGCUUGUUUUACACGGCAAGAUAUGGGAUCGCUGGAAAAUUCGUUAUUUACGACGCCUUGUUUCUAAAGGUGUUGCCUUCCCCUCCAAUCCCCAUAAUCACUGGUGGCGAGCUGAGAGUUUUUGGACAAAACCAGUCUUUUACACUGGAUGGAUCGCGAAGUAUAGACCCCGAUUCCAGCUCGGGACAAGCGAUUGGACUCUAUUAUCGCUGGGAGUGCUCAUUUGAGGUUCAGAACAGCAGUUUGAAUCAAAACCAUUCUGGAUGCAAGAACACGACAUGGAGUAGAAACCCAAAGCUUGAUAUUCUUGCAGGCAGUCUGGGCCAAGGGAACGUGUACACCUUUACUUUGUUUUUGAAACGUCUUGACAGUUCUCCAGUUUCGAGUUCUCAAAAGGUUCAAAUUCUUGCAACAAGCAGACAUGAUGUUUUCUUCACAUGCAUAACUUGCCAGUCUUACAAGACUAGAAAAUAUAUACGCAAUCGUGACUUGAAGUUCCUGGGCGAGUGCAGCGAUUGCCAAGGGGGUUCGUCCAGUAUUUCUGUCACGUGGUCAGUUACGUCAUCAAACGGUACGAUAGUUAUGCACAGAACCAUGAGCAACACGGAGCUUCCAAGUUUGUUUAUAAUAAAGAAAGACACCUUGGACGGAAUAGGGAAUUACGCGAUCAAGUUCGCUGUCAUAACGGCCGUUGGUUCCAAUAUGAUGGAAGGUGCAUCAUUGAUGGUUUUACUUGCAAACGAGCCACCAAGCAAUGGGACAUGUGCAGUUCAACCUCAGGCUGGGGUGACGCUGGAGACAAAGUUUUGGUUCUCUUGUCGCGAUUGGCAAGAUCGGGACAAUAGUGAUGCCCCAUUUGUAAAUUGGGUGAAAGUGCAAAAUACUGAUGGUACCUGGGCCACCCUGUACAGAGGCAUUCAAUCAAAUAUUUCAAUGUACCUACCUGUUGGAAAAACCUACAAGCAGAGAGAUGUUCGCUUGCAAGUUUUGGUAGAGGACACGUUUGGUGCCAUCGCAAUAGGCCUUGACAGGACAGUCAAAGUAUCCCCACCAGACGUUGAUGACAUUGGUGUGUUUCUGGAGGACAGUGUUCUCUCCAAUAUUAACUCACUUACAGAAGAAAAUGACCUGAAUAAAGUGGUAGCUGUGUCAUUGUCCUCAACUGCUUUAAUAAGUGAUUCAGGAAAGAUUGGGAGAAAGGAAGAAAAUGUGGUAUCUAAUUUGACACAAAGCGUUUCAAGCAUGGGUGUUUCAUCGCUGGAGAAUGUGGAUCAAGUAUCAAGCACUCUCAAGAUUGCAACUGGCCUUGUUUCAGAAAAGUCAGUACACCCUUUGACUAGAGAGAAGUUAACGCAGUCGCUUAACGAUAUGAUAAAUAGAGUUGCUGAAUUCAGUUCACAGGGGCAGCUGGCAUACCAAUCAACUCUGGAGGCCUUGCUGUUUCUGUUGCAAAAUAACAUCGCUGCUGAAGCUGGCCAGAGUUCUGCUAGACGCAAACGCAGAUAUGUUUCGCCCCAGACCUCUUCGCAAGUGAGACAAAGUUUAAGUAUGGCAAUGACACUUUACACGUCAAUACUCAAGGCUAGUAUACCAGGUGAAGCUGCAUUUAAUGUAUCGGAUAAAUAUGGUGCUGUUUACUUGAAGCGAGCGAACUCUGCUUUGAUUAGCCAGAUCUUUGCUGGUGAUGGAUGCAGUUUCGCGCUGAAUCAUACGUUAGGGAGCUACAAGGAUGUUUUCCAAAUUUUCAACACAACCCACGUUGAUCCUUAUACGGCCUCAGCAGAUGUGAAGACAAAAAUCGGAAGCCUUAACUUCCUGCAUCCAAACGGUACUGAAAUAUCGGUGAGAAACCUGCCCUUGAAUAAGAGCAUAUUAAUCGAGUUAGAUGGUAGUGAUACACGAAAGAACUUGAAAGGCAUUGAAACUAAGAUUGUCCCUGCGAUGGGCAAAGUGGAAGGAGAACUGUCGGUCAAUGUGUCUGAUGCAAGCAACUCUUCGCUUUUCAUUGAGAUUCUUCUAAACAACGGCAGUAUGGAUGAUCUCCUUGUAUUUCACAGCACGAAACGGGUUGCAUUGGAUGAAGAACUUUUCUCCCUCAUUAAUGUAUCUUCAAAUGGAAACUUAAAGAAAUACUUCCCUCCAGGAGAAUUCAAAACUUCCGAGAGGCACUACAUCAAGAUAAAGAAUAAAGGGGAACGCGAAGAUGUGAACGUUACUGUCCUUGUGUACACUGUAUCUUGCAUCUUCUGGGAUAGAGAGAAUGGUGUGUGGAGCUCUGAAGGCCUAAUGCUCAACCACGACACGACAUACCAGAAGACUGUUUGCAGAAGUAGCCAUCUAACCUCGUUUGCAUCAACAUUUAAGAUAGCACCGAAUCCUAUAAAGUGGUCAACAUUGUCGGAAAUCGACGUAGAGAAGAAUCCCAUUGCGAUUUCAAUGUGCCUUGCCAUUAUCGUGGUGUAUUUGAUGUCUUUGUUCUUUGCUUCUCGUAAAGAUGAAGAGGACCGGCGUGAGGCUCAGUACAUACCGCUCAUGGGCCCGGAUGAGUACUUCAAAUAUGAAGUGAGGCUGAAGACCGGUGCUUUCCCCGGUGCAGGUACAUCAGCCAAUGUUGGCAUUCAAAUUUUUGCCACAAAGUAUACGACAAAGCCGAUUGUCCUCGCAAAGGAAGGAAGCUUUCAUAGAAAUUCUGUCGAAUUAUUCCGCUUUUCUUCGCCAACCAGGCUUGGGAAAAUUCUACGAAUUCGUGUUUGGCAUGACAACUCUGGCUCAAGUCCAUCCUGGUACCUCACGAGAGUUGUCAUUAAGAAUCUUCUUAAUGGACAAAAGUACUUCUUCUUCUGUAACAGAUGGCUUGGCGUUGAUCGAGAUGACGGGGAAAUCGAGCGGGUGUUCCGAGUUGCAGACGCUAAGACUAUGGCAAGGUUCAAGACAAUUUUCAAUGAUGUUGUCGGUCGAACAUUCACUGAUUACCACUUGUGGAUUUCUAUAUUUGAAAAGCCAAGGCUCAGUCGGUUUACAAGAGUCCAGCGCCUGACGUGCUGUGUCACGUUUUUGUUAUCUUGGAUGUGUGUGGAUGCCAUGUGGUAUGGAACCGUUCGUGAAGGCAACAUUGAUGUUUACAUCGGCAUCAAAGGCUACUCAUAUGAAGAAGUGCUUGUCGGGGUUAUUUCGUCUCUCAUGGUUUUUCCAAUCAACUUUCUUCUGGUUUUGAUAUUCAGAAAUUGCCGACUUCCUAAAUCGAGACGUGUUUUGGACGGUGAUGAGGAAGUCACGAUUCACGUGCUUCCAAGCAGCCAAAGAACAAGGAGGCUGUCAGAAGACUGGAUUGAAAUCGAGGACUUCACGGAAUCCCCUCGCUCGUUAUUUGCCACUUCGCUUCCGAGAUGUGGAGGAUACUUUCGUCUCUCCGUCUACCAACCACUCUUAAAUCAAAGUGAAGGAUUACGAAAUAUGGCGAUAGAAACACUAUCUGAUCAUUACGAAGACUCUGAGGAUUCGAUCCACUCUGAAGAUGGCUUUGAAAAAGCCGUUGUCACAUACGGUCAGCAGCCAAAUAGAUUACAUCAAGAACAAAACAGGGUUUCGGAUUCUGUGUCCGUUGGGAUGGAAGACAGCAUAGCAUCCCGUCUCCUUGGAAGGAGCUCUCGCCAGUAUAAAAGAGUCCCAGUGUCAUAUGAUGAGAACUACGGAACGGAACAUCCAAGAUUCCACGCUAAUCACCAGAGGCCUUCUUCGUGUGGAGCAUCGACCGUCUCGACCCUGCAAACCAGGCUUACCACUAUGUCGUCGAGAAAGAUGAGCGCGGUUGAAACAUAUGACAGCAUGGGAUGCAUUUCGUCAGGCGUUUCCGAUAUAAAAGAAAGCCAAAUAAAGCAGUAUAGGGCAGACCAGACGAUGAAGAAAUACUCAGAGUCGAGAGAUGCAAACGACAGCUUCAGCAGUGGUCGGUAUUCGACCAGCCGAAUCACAAGCUCAUCAACGACGCGAACAAACUUUCCAUUCCCCAAGAACCUGGAGGACAUAGACGAAGACUUUGUAUCACAAAAGAUUCCUGAUAUCCGUGAGUUGCAUCAAAAUCUGGAGUGUCUUUUGCCAGCAUGGUUCGUUGUCGUUGGCUACUUUGGCUGUCUGGCUAUAUCAAUACUUUCCUUCAUAAUAAUCCUUAUAUACGGGCAGCAGUUUGGCAAAGACAAGGCCCUGAGCUGGCUGUCAUCCAUAUUUGCUGGUCUCUUUCAAGAUGUUUUCAUCACAUACCCAAUUCUUCUUGUCCUAGUUGCCAUGCUAAUUGCAUUGCUUCGGAAGCCCAUGAACCUUGAUUACGGGGACUUCGUCAGUUGUCCUGUGGUACCUGGAGAUUCAUCGGCAACCUCGGAGCCAGUUCGAGGCUAUGCUUUAGAAGUGGCUCAGAAGCAAGGAAGAGGAAAGAGAGAGAUCAGAAGAAUUGCUAAGAAUCUCGUGUUUCAGCUGAUACAUUUGUGGAUUGUGUUUUCAAUUUGCUUAACAGGCUACGAGCCCAACCGAUGGAUCGUUAAGAAUAACUUUGAUACUGGAUUGGCCUCCAAAAAUAAAGGAGUACACAGCGUUAAAAGCAUCAACGAAUUAUGGGAUUGGGCGGAAACUGAGCUGCCAAGCUUCCUAUUUCCGACGGACGGUAGAAAUGAAAACUGGAUUUUGCGGUCAUCAGCAAGAAUGCGUCAGGUCCGGAUCCAUUCUUCAGAUUGCCCGGUUUCUUUCGCUGUUGAAGCUGCUAAUAUGAGCAAAUCCUGUAAUCUGGAAUAUGAUUCUCACCGCACCGAGACUGCAACUUUCUCGCCUCAGUGGCUUAGUUCUAAGAUGGCUAAUACGGUUAAAAGUCCUUGGACUUUUGUUCCGGAAAGUUCAAUGAACGGUACAAAUUUUUUUGGCCAGUUAGGCGUGUAUCCCCAUUCGGGUUAUGGCAUUUCUUUAGGGAAGGCAAAAGUAGAGUUCAUUAAGAAAGCUCAAGGAUUGAGGGCUGCUGGUUGGCUGGACGUUCGCACGAGAGCUGUUUUUAUAGAAUUUGUAAUGCAAAACAUUAACAUUAAUAGGUACCUAGUAACAACAAUAGCAUUUGAAAUAUCCGCAUCCGGUAUGAUUUUGCCGACGCUUGAGAUGAUUUACCUUCGUGUUCACAUGUACGUCAGCAGACUGGAUUACUUCCGACUGUUCUGUGAAGUCAUUUUUGGUCUCUUGACAUUCUACUUUCUAUGGCUGAUACAAGACAAACUGCGUAGAAACGGAUGUGGAUUUUUCAAGAAGUUCUGGAAUCUGCACUUGUUGCUCAGCUUCGCUGCAUCUGGUGCCGUUGUUGGACUCUCCAUUUAUCGCUUGAUAAUGUUCUUGGACCUAAGACCUUUCCUGAAAACUGGGGUUCCACAAGGAUACGACCUAAGAUAUGAAGCCAUUAUUGAUUGGUCAAUCCAAGCAUGUAUGGGCUUUGUAUGUUUCUUGCUAAUACUGAAGAUCAUAUCCUUGUUAACGUGGACUCGUGCAUAUAGACUGACAGCUGCCACUCUCCGCAGAGGUGCUAAGCAUUUAUUGGCUCUUUCUGCCGGUCUUGUCCUGGUUCUAGUUGCUUUUGCUUCUUGGGCAUAUUUGGCUUUUGGCAGCAAUUGCUACUUCUUCCACUCAUUUUGGAAUGCAUUCAUGUACACCUUCCUUCUACGAAAUGUGCACCGGAAGGAUAUAGGCCCAGUUGUGAGGGAGAGUGGUGUCUUCAUUGCUUGGGGUAUCCUCUACCGAUUUGCCCUAUUCGCAUUUGUCUUCGGGCUGUUUAAAGCAGCUAUAUGCUCUCAUUAUAAAGACGGAAGGGUUUUGUAUGCAAUGGGCAACAAAAAAUAUCUGAAGGACUUUUUGAAACAUUUGUAUAACAAGUUUUCCUGGCGGAAGAAAAAAUCGGGGAAACGCGUCAAGUUCAGUUUGAAUCCAUCAGUACGUCGAAAUACCCUAGCCAUGUCACAGCAGACAAUAUCCCUGGGGUCUGACCAGUGGCUCUCAGCCCAUAGCUUGAGGUCAUACAGCCAUAUUCCAUCGUACUACAAAGAGCGAAUCAUGAACCGUCUUACACCGAGCACUGACGAGAUCUUGAACUAUGUUUACCAAUUAGAGCAUGACGAGAUUUUAGAGGAUGAGUUCUACAGCAGGCUGGAAAGCUUAGCGAUAGAGACUCGCAGUAAACGCAUAUGUAGGUAGAAAGAGCGUGCAAAAUUGGUAUAAACCAGAGCGGAAAAGCAGAGCUCAGCAUGCCGGGCUUGUCUUUACACACCAGAUAGAUAUACAUAGCACAGUUUAUUAUCAUCAGACGAAAGGAUUGUCCGGAUAGGAUGAAGAUUUCCCAGGAUCAAUAACAGUUUUUUAUCGGAGUUUGUUGCCUAGACUCUUUUUAGGAUGGAGUUGUUGUUACAACAUUUAUUUACUGAGAAAUAAAAGGGAAUCACGCACCACACGCAUGAUUUACAAGCAACUAGCUUCUAGCCUCUAGGAUUGGUUGUUAUACACAUACAUUAUUCAAUAAACUACGGUAGAAGCAUAACAAAUUGUAAUAAUGACAGGUCUAACUCAGAUCUUUAACAUUGCACUGCGUUUUGACAAUCUUUUCUACCAUUUUAUUUUUACCGUGAUUAAUUUACACGACUUGCGUGAACAAAGUUUUUUUCUUUGCAUUUUUUAAAAAAGCUUCACCGUAGUUGCUUAUAAUGAUUUGUGCCGUUUUUGAAUGCAACGGCGCACUUUCAACCAUUGUUUUCGAUUAGGGGAAUUGCUUAUAACACCGAGUAGAGCGACGGCAAAAUGAACUCUAACACAGAAGCAAUUUCUUAUUUAGAUUGGGAAAUGGCAGUUAAUUCUAGUGCAUUUUUAUUCCUGGUUUUUGUAUGUAUAUUACUUUUUUUUAAAUACGCUCUCUAGUCUAGCAAGUUCUUUAUAGAACUUAAUCACAAUCUCAUUGACUUCCAAAAGUAGUUGCUACAAUACAACCUGCAGUACUUGCCUACUUUCUCCAAAAAUGAAAAUUACAGGACAAGCGAUGUUGGCAGCAAGUAGCGUCGCAUAUGUCUGCGAUAAAUUUUUAACAAGGAAGCUUUUAUUUUCUAUUGUCAAUUUUUUUUAUUUUAAUGUUACUCAAUACUUUCUGUUCGAAGGUUAUGAAUUGUUUAAGUAAUUAGAUUACACGAUAGUCCAUUCCUAAGAUGUUCCAUGCCCAAUCUUUUGAAAAUUCUUUUUAUUUACUCCUGGGCGCCAAAUGAUCCAUUGGUCUGGAAAACGGGACAAUUUAUUCAAAGUCAUUAUUAUGUGAUAUUCCCUUGCCUUGACUCUCCAUUUUUUGCAUUGAGGCAUGGCACUUUUUCAAAAGGCACUUUUUAUUGGCACUUUUUAAAAGACAUUUAUUUUAUAAUACUCCUUUCACUUUGUUUAUUUGGCUUCCAGGAACAAUCACAAACUUACUGUUUUUUACUUUUAUAUAGAUCAUUGUAGUUUUAUUACAAUGAAAAAAUUGUAGAGGGAUUUGGUAUCAAUGAUAACUUGUAAAUAUUACUGUAUUUAUGUUUUUUACUGUAAAGGGCUUUAUGGUGGAAUAAUUUUGUUAAUUUUUAACCUCUUAAGAGCGUAGUUAACCUUGUUGGGUUCUUAUGACCAGAGUUUACUGACUAAUUCCUCAGUUGCUCAUUCCAUUGUAAAUAGUUCAUCGCCAGGUGGGGAUUUUUAGAUGUAAAUCGAAAAACUGUGGGAUAGAGGUAUUUAUUUAGAAUUGAAUAAAUUUUGUCAAGGGCUGUAAAGACGUGGCAAUCUCUGCCAAGAUAUAGUUUAUAAAUAAGAGGAGAAUUGAGAA